AUGUUGCCGAUCGGCUUUUUUUUAUUUGGCCUCGUUUCGGCCGGUGUUGUGCCGCUAUUUCCUCUCACAAGAUAUCAUGAUUUUCCGGACUUCGAACAAUAUCUAAUUGAUGUGGCCAACAGCAAUCCGUCAUUUGUUCAACUCCGAGACAUUGGGCGAACGCACGAGGGCAGAAGAUUGCUUGGAUUAAAGAUCGGAAAACCUGGCGUGAACAAGCCGGUCGUUUGGAUCGACGGCGGGAAUCACGCACGAGAAUGGCCCGCUUUCCACACGGCUAUUUAUUUCAUUGAGCAAUUCGUGACAAGGUAUGGGCAAUCGGAUCGAAUCACCGACUACAUCGAUAAACUCGACAUCUACGUUUUUCCCGUUCUCAACCCCGAUGGUUUCGUUUUCAGUCGCACCGAUACGAAAGAUUUGAUUCGGCAAUGGCGGAAAAAUCGAGCUCCAAAGAAUUGCAGCGGUUUCCAUUCACUCACCGUGCGAAAUGUUUGUUGUGAGGGAGUGGAUUUAAAUCGAAAUUGGGAUUUCGCUUUUAAACAGACAAACUAUCCGUUCAACAACCCGUGCUCCGAUGAAUUCCAAGGGCCUUUCCCCUUCAGUGAACCCGAGACAAGAGCCGUUCGCGACUAUGUGACGUCACGAGAGCUCUCUGGUCGCAUCCACGCGUUUUUCUCAAUGCAUACCCAUGGACAAUUGUGGAUUCUUCCAUACAAUGAUCACCGGAAACAUCAUCCAAAAGAUUAUGCGGAUUUGGAAAGACUUGCUUUCCGAGCGGCUGAAGCGCUGUACCAGUAUCGGGAGACAAAGUACAAGAUUGGCACGGCGGCCGAUAUGCUCGGCCCAGCUACAGGCGGUGCAACUGAUUGGAUCAAAGCGAACACGAAUACGAAAUACGUCUACGUACUCGAGCUGCCACCGGAUCUUUCUUCAUGGUUCGCUUUCCAAGUUCGUCCUCAUUGGCUGCUCCCGAUCGCCAAAGAGACAUGGCUGGCGGUGAAAGUGAUUCUCGAGCAGACAUUAGAAGAUCACAAUCUUGCGAGAGCA